AAGUAAAAAUUUCUUAAUAAAAAUUAUUUUCAGAUUCUAUAUAUCGAAGCCAUAACGAUUCAAUAAUUGAACAUAUCCGUUUAUCUAGGAACUUUUCGUAACAAUAUUAUAUACAUGGUUGUAUGUAUACAGAAAGAGAACUAUUUAUAUGAUCCGUUUAUGAAUCUGCUGGUAGUGCGGACCACGAAAUACAGUGACUGAUUUUGUAUUAACCGCAUGGUAUAUACUUUAAAAUUGUAUAUGUCACUUGCAUAUAAUAUUUUGUUUGCAAUAUGUUAAGAAACCAUUUAUUUUGAGUAUAAUAUAAAUGGAUAUACUUGCCAACAAAUAAACAUCACAAUAUGGCAGAACAACAACAGUCACCUUCUGGCUUUAAACGUAUGUCUUUAGAUAAAAUCAUCGAAGCUAUGACUUCAGACUUAGAAAGUUCUAAUGGUCAUUACGUUCAAUUUGGUGUAAAUCCACAGCAGACUACAUCUCAUAAUUGGGGAAAUUAUUCUUCAAAUCAAACAAGACAUUAUAUUUCUAGUCAAUCUCCUCAUUCUAAUUUACCCACAAUGCAAUCCAUGUCUCCAAUGGGUGCUCCUCUUUAUAUGCAAGAUAUAUCUAAUUAUGAUUCUCCAACAGAUUCAAUUUAUUUUCCAUCCCAAACAGGGGUAAAUCAUUUAGGUAUAAAUGAAAAUAAUGAUUUAAUUGGUACUAUAGAUGUUGGAGGAGGCAAUUAUAUUAAUGUGAUUUAUGGAAAUGCUUCACAAAUCAUGGCAGAACAAUGUCAGCUAUCAAAUAUGACAUCUUACAGAAAUCAAAAUAUGAUUGAUCGAGAAUAUGGUCUUUUUAAUGAUCAACAUAUAAAUAUACCACCUGAAUUACCAACUCAAAAUUUUAAUGGAAAACAAUUAAUUGAAAAUUUAGUUGGUAAUUGGGUACCAAACCAAUCUGGAACAUAUAGUCCUUUUGGUGGAUCUUCAAAUGUAACUUCAGUAGUACAAUCAAAUGUAGAUAUUAGAGAUUCUGAAGAAUUACCUAGAAAUUCAACUGAUUGUCAACACAAAAAACCUCGUGUUGUAGCAGAAGUAAAACCUAUGCGGCCUUCUUAUUCUGAUGUUCUAACAAAAUCUGCUCCAACACCUCCAUCACCUUUAACAAUUCAAUCUAUAAAACCUAAAACAGAAUCUGUAAAUAAAAAAAUUUCUAAUAAAAAUUCAAAGAAUAAAUCUAAAUCUACAACAUUAAAGAGACAAAAUUCAUCUGGAAGUGAUGAUCAUAAUUCUCCAAAAAUGCAAAUACCACGAAAAAUUCUAGAAAAAAAUAAUUCAAAUCUUCCAAGACGUUGGGUAUCAUUAGAUAAUCUUGGUUCAACAAGUGAAACUCAUGAAAUAAAUACUUUUGAUAGAUCAAAUCAAUUUGAAAAAAAAAAAGUUUCUAAAAUGUCUAAAAAAAUAGAAAAAGGAGAAACACUUAAUAAUUCAAAAAUUCAAAAUAAUAAUCCCAAAUCUAUUGGAAAUAUUCUUAAACGUCCUAUUCAAAUAAAUAAUAAUUUAAAUAUAAUAAAUGCUUCCAGUCAAACUAUUUCUCCUGAAAAAAUAGAGAAAAAUCAACAAAUUGUAAAUAAAAUGAAUAAAGAAGAAAAAAAAGCAACCAAAGAAAAAAACUCAAAACGUUUUCAGACUGAAAAAACACAACAAAUCAAAAAAGCUCAAAGAAAUCGGAGAAGAGAAAAUAAAGAAUCACCAGUCAAAGAUUUGUAUAAAAAUUUAAAUAAAUAUGCCAGUCAUUGGAUUAAAAUUGGUUUAAAAAUAUUUCAUUGGUUGCUACAUUUAGUAUCUGAUGUAGUUAGUAUGAGUGCUAAUCUUAUGAUUUUACUUGCAAAAUGUGGAUGGUAUCACACUAUAUUAUAUUUAAAAUAUUCAUGGGUUUAUAUGGCUAUAACAUUUUCAAAAAUUCGUAUUUUAAAUAUUGUUGGUAAGCAAUUGGAUAACUGGUUUGGUAAUAGUAAAUUUGCAUUUUGGCGUAAAAUAAAAACUAAAAGUGAAGAAAAAGAAGAAAAUAGUAAUUGGAUACAUGGCGGUCUUGAAGCCAAUAUUGCGUUACCUAGUACAGGUGAAGAAGCUAUGAAAAGAUUAUUAGCGUGUAAAGGAAAAGAUCCUUAUAGUAUACUUGGUGUUACACCAACAUGUUCAGAUGAUGAUAUUAAAAAGUAUUAUAAGAGACAGGCUUUUUUGGUUCAUCCAGAUAAAAAUAAUCAACCUGGUGCAGAAGAAGCAUUCAAAAUACUUGUACAUGCAUUUGACAUAAUUGGUGAACCGGAACGCAGACAAGCAUUUGAUCAAACUAGACAAGUUGAAGCAGCUUGGGGUGUAUUAAGUGAUUUACUUUCUCAACUUCAUAGAAAGAUGGAACAGGCAGCAAAUACAAUUAGAUGUACAAAUUGUGGUUUAAGGCAUAAAAGAAUUCCAACACAACGUCCUUGUUAUGCAGCGCGAUUUUGUGCUCAAUGUAAAAUACGUCAUAGUGCAAAAGAAGGAGAUAUCUGGGCAGAAUCUCGUUUAAUGGGUUUUCUUUGGCAUUAUUAUGCCUGUAUGGAAGGAGCAGUAUAUGAUGUUACUGAUUGGGCAGCUUGUCAAGCUGGUAAUUUAAAACACCUAAGAGCAAAUACACAUAGUGUUCAGUAUAGAAUUGUCUUAGGUCAACGACCACCAUCACAAACGCCCAAUAAUGGUAAAAGACGUCAACAAAUAGAUCCGAAUACCAGUGAAGCAGACUUUGAAGACUUUUUAAAUAAUUUAUACAAUCAUAGCAAGACCGGAAAUUCAAGUCCACCAGAUCAAAGUUCUUUUAGAGGGGACUGUAAGCGACGUAAAACUAAACGCAAGAAGUAAAAAAUAUGGCAAGUUACUUCCUAAUCUUUUAGCAUUCGUCAUGUAUAAUUAUACAGUAAUAUAUAUAGUACCAUAAUGAAUUCUUAUAUUCUUUCCUUCAUAUAAAUAUAAAUAAUAUUCAUUAACUCUAGCACAAUAUUGAAAUCAUAUUAGAAUGAAUUUAAAAAAGGAAUAUUUACAUAAUUUUUGUUACCAAAAAUAUUUUUUUAUUUAUUGCAAUGAAAAUUUAUUUCUAACAAAUGUAUAUACUUAUACAAAAAUACAAUUGCAAAUUACAAUUUAUUUAAUAACUAGGUAACAUUUGUUUAAUGUUAAAAAAAUUGUUUAAACAAAUAUUUUAAUUAUUAAUUUAUAUAUGAAAUCAACUUAUACUAUCUUAGAUUAAUAAAAUAUACAUAUUUAAUGUACGUUAAAAUACAAAAAAAUUGCAAUCGUACUAAAAUGUUAAGAUGUAUUGUGAAUUAAAAUUUCAAAAGUAAGGAUUAAUUUUUAAUCCAUAUAAAAUAAUAAUCCCAUAUACAAAUCAUUUUCACAAUCAUUAUAUUUAUAAAUAUAGAAUUUAUCAAUUCUAAUUGUAGAUUAUAUUAAGAAAAACAAAAAUAUAUAAAAAAUAAUAAUUUCAAUUCUUAUAAAAAUAUAAGUAAUCUUUCAAUUCAACUGAAAUAUAAUACUCAAAUAUUAUAUUAAUAUUAUAUACCAUUUUAAUAUAAUAUGCAAAAUAUAGUUACAGUAAGUUAUUUCAAUAAUUUUUGAGAAUUUAAAGAAACUAAAAGCAAUGAAAUGAAUUUAAAAUCUCUUUUAAAUCACUUUGAAUAAUAUGUUUAUUUCAUUUUCAUAAACUAUUAUUAAGCUAAUAUUUAUAAAACGACAACCAUGUAAUAUAAAUAAAAAUAGAACAAUUUUUUUUAUUAUAAAUUCAACAAAUUUUAUAUGCUUUAAGUUUUGUUUUUUAUAAUUAAAUACACAUGAUUAAUGUAAUAAAAUGUUUUAUAGAAGUUAAAAAUUUACAUUAUUUCAUUUGUAAGAAAAAUCAAUUUGUUUAAUGAAAUAUUUAUGAUAAAAAUUACAAAAUUUUAACAUUUUUUGUUUUAUUUUUAUUAUUAAUGAAAUAAAUAUUUAAAGAAAAUCUUUUUAAAUAAUAUAAAAGUUCAGGGAUAAAAAUAUUAUUAGGUGACAGAUAUUUAUUAAUAUAAUUUAAAAUUAAAAAUGUUUCUAUUAAGAAUAUUUUUUUAACAAUUUUGAAUUUUGAAAAUAUAAGACUUUAUUUCUAAAAUCAUUGUUUGAUUUAUUGAUUUUUUAUAAAUAUUGAUUUUUAUUAUUUUUAUUAUUAAAAAAAAUAUUUUUAUCAUUUUUUAAUAUUGCUAAAGAAAUUAGUAAAAAAUACUCUGAAAAAAAACUAAUAUUAAUUAUAAAUUAUAUAAAUUAAUAUAAGUUAAUAUAUUAAUGUAUAUUCUGAUCACCUGAUUUCAAAAUAUUUUAAAUAAUAUAAUUUAAUUAUAAAUUAGCUAAUAUAUUAUUGAAUUUAUAAAUUCAAUAUAAAAAAUAUGCUAUCUUAUUAUUAAAUGUAAUAAUAAUAAAAUUUUAUUAGUAGUACAUAUGUAGUAUAUAUUCAAAAUAUUAUUAUAUGUAUGACAAAUUAGCAAAUUGAUAAAAAAUACUAUAUAAAUGAUAAUUGAUUUUACCUGAUAAAAUUAAAACAAGGAUUAUCUAUUUAAUUGAUAAAUUAUCUCAUUGAUUUCAUUUGAUUUCAUGAUAAAUGUUUAUUUCAAGAUAAAAUCCAAAAUAGAAUAUUUUUAAAAUAGAAUAAAAUAACUUGUUGCUUAUUUUAAUUUUUUUUACUUUAAUUUAAUUUAUUUAAAUUUUAUAUUAAUUUUACUAUAUGCGUACUAGUAGAUAUUAAAUAAAAUAUUUUGUAAUUUGUAAUAUUUUGUUUUGAAAUAUUUAAUAAAAAUUUGUUAUUUGUAAUAAAA